AACAAAAACAAAACAAAAUCUGUGCCUGUUUAGGUUUUGAAUUCAUUUUUCUGUCUUGGAUUUGUUUCCGGCUGAGAAGAUGAGCGGAGCAGUGAAGCAGACUUUGGGAAGCGGAGAAGAAAAAAACUCAAGUAACGACCGAUGCAGGCGGCUUAGACUCACUCUACAAGAUCAGCAUCAGUCCGGCUGCACCCUCGGCAACAAGGAGAGCAGCAUAGCAGUAGUGCCACCACAAAAACCAGUAGAGCAGGAAGAAACUCUUGAGCUCAUCGCUCCCAUUGACGAAAAAGUUGAAAUCAUAAAGGUUUACCUUGAAUCCUGUCCAAAGACAGCAGAGAGUAUCAGGAUGCUCACGGACGAGGUGUCGCAGAUUCAGGAGGUGAGGUACUGUCUGAAGACUCUGAGAGAGCAGAUGGCCGCCAGGCAGAUCAGCAACAACAACAAGUGUCCCGCCAAUGGCUUCAGAGUCAAUCUAACCAGCAGCCAACCAGCCGUCUCCAAUGGCAACACUGUUCUCAUUGGCUCUAACGCUCAUGUUGCAGAUAAUCAGGAGGAGAGCGUGAAGCUGAGGGAGGUGACCAAGCGUCUGUAUGCGCAGCUGAAGGACAUGGAGAAGAGGCAUCAGGAGGAGAGGCAGAGGCUGCAGGCAGAGUCCAAUGAGUACCACACUCGUCUGGCCGAGCAGUCGGAGCAGCUGCAGAAGGCCGAGGAGCAGUCGGAGGAGAGAGGUCUGCAGGUGGAGGAGCUGCAGAGGCUGCUGGAAGGCAUGGCGCUCGAGAGCGGCAUCCUCAAAGACAAGAUGGCAGCAGGGGAGGUGGCACUGCUGCAGCUGAAAGCGAGCAGGGAGGAAGGGGAGGAGAGGGAGCAGAGGUGUGCAGUGCUGGAGAAGGAGGUGGCCAUCCUAAAGGAAAAGAUUCACCAUCUUGACGACAUGUUAAAGUGUCAGCAGAGGAAGGUCCGCCACAUGAUCGAACAGCUACAGAACUCACGGACUGUCAUCCAAGAGAGAGAUCGAGUCAUCGGGGACCUGGAGGAGAAGGUGGCUUUCCUGGAAGCUGAGAACAGAGAAAUGCAUGACCACAUGGAGUAUUUCCUGGCCGGCCAGAAUCCUCCUCCCCUGACGUCCACUGAGAACAAGCCAGAGGUGGUUUACAGUAAACCCCUCACACCAACAACACAGACCAACAAAGCCCUGCCAUUCAUCAAAGUCAUUGAGAUCAUGUCCUGAAUGAAGGGUCAACUAAAGGAAUGAUUGGAAGUUUUCAAAAAAUGUAAUACAUAUAUUCAACCACCGUCCAGUUCGCAAAAAAGGUUUGCAUGAAUUAAAAAAGGCAGAUUAAACAGAUCUUAGGUUGACGAAGCUCGAUGAUUGAUUCUAGGAGAGAAAAUGUCUUUAAGAGCUUCCUCAGAGUCAAACUGAAUCUGAACAAGUGUGAAUUCAACCUGCGAUCCAAACAUAGGAGAAAUCUUAAAAAGGAAACAACAGCAGGAGCAGAGCAACGCUGAACUUCUUGGAUGAUUUACUGUACAUAGACACACGUCUGAGCGCUAUGUCAGCGAGUCUUCAAGAGUCAGAGGCAGCAGCAGGAGUUCAAAAAAGUUCCCUGUGUUGUCAAGUUUUCAACUUUAACUUCUCUCGCACGAAGAUUCUUAUAUAAGAUGUUUCGACAGGUCAGUAUAAAAGGUGGGUUUAGAUUAUUAGGGCCCGAACGCUGUGAAACAGCGGAGGACCUAUUGUAAUUUUAACAUUAUUAUUGUAAAAACAGUUAUUAUAUUGUUAAUGUCUCUGUUACACGCAUGUACAAAUAGUCACGUUGUGUUGAAUGUUCUCAGCACUUCUUCGUCAAACAGCAUCGUCGACCACAAUCCUCUGCAUCAGGGUUCAGGGUCACAUUCCUCAGUGCUUUGCAUCCCGUUGCCAAUGAGCAGACAUGCAGUUAGCCGUAAUUUAUGUUUUACUCACUCUCACGUUAGACAGGAAGAAAUUAAUAAUAUUAUUUUUGACGUCUUUAUUAUACUUAGAAAAGAGUUAGCAGAGGCUACGUGUAGAGACAGCAGCGAGUUAGGACUUUAAUAUUUAUCUUUGCUGCCAAGCGCUGCCUCAGCACACUUAUUAUGGACCCUGUUUGUGCUACAAUGUGUAUUUAACAAUAACUGAUGAACUUACCUAUCGACAAUAUUAUUUGUUUGUAUGGACCUUGUUUCUGUGUAAAAUACUUUAUGCUGUAGUAGUGAAUGAGAAUUUUUUAUAAACCAAAUAACCUUUCACUGUGAACCUUGUAGAUAGAUACACUUAAGUUCCGACUGUCUUUUAUUGUAGAUGUUGUUCAUUUUUAU